GCCACAAGCCCCCGGGCCCCUCUUCCGGAGCCGGCCAUGUCGAUCAUGGACCACAGCCCCACCACCGGGGUAGUGACGGUCAUCGUCAUCCUGAUCGCCAUCGCAGCGCUGGGCGCCCUGAUCCUCGGCUGCUGGUGCUACCUGCGCCUCCAGCGGAUCAGCCAGUCGGAGGACGAGGAGAGCAUCGUGGGCGAAGGGGAGACCAAGGAGCCCUUCCUCCUGGUCCAGUACUCAGCCCGCGGGCCCUGCACGGAGAGGAAAGCCAAGCUCACACCCAAUGGCCCAGAGGCCCACAGCUAAC